ACGUUGGGGGGUGCAGAGACUAAGAGUGCCGCCGUCCGCCGUGGACUACUGCUGUGUUGUCUCACAAUAAAUAGCACGCCGAACAGCACCAACAGCACCAACAGUACCAUGUCCACCCAAAUCCAGGAGCUCAUCGCUGCGGAGACGAAGGCUUCCGCUAUCGUUGCGGAGGCUCGGGCAUCGCGAUCAAAGCGCAUGAAGGAGGCCAAAAAGGAGGCCGAGGCCCUCUGCAACGCCUUCCGAGCGGAGAAGGAGGCGGCUUACCAGGCUAGCAUGCAGAAGUCAAUGGGGUCAACGGGAAAGGAAGGGGACACGCUAGGCGCACAAACCGAAGCUGCGAUCCAGAGUAUGACCGACGACUACUCUAAGAACAAGAAGGUCGUCGGCGACCUUCUCGUACACGAAGUGUGCCACAUCGUAUACAGCGUACCGGAGGGCCUUAAGUCUCGCGAAAUGCAGCAGGCGUGAGAACCUUUGUUUCUUACUGGCGGGGGGAGAUGAGGCAGCAGGAAGAGGGGGGGUAGGGGUUCCGUUUUUGUUUUGUCCAGCAGUACGCCACGCACACCGUUUGAUAUUCCGGAUAACCUGGAGCGUGGCCUUGGGGUGUCGAGGUUUGUUGCACACACCGUUUGAUUCUCCGAAAACUUGGCGCGUGGCCUUGCGGGUGUCAAGCUUUGUUGGGCCCGAUUUUGCUCAGGCGAUUGGUUUCUGUGUGUUUUUGGCGUUUUCCGCCGCUCAACCCCGCGUUCGGCAUCUGCUAGGGACGCAGAGUAAAUUGGAAGGCUUACAUUAAAGAAGCGUUCCCAACCAUCACUGCAACC